AUGAUCUCCAUUUUGAGUGCUUACAUCUACGCCAUUGCCGAGACAUCAGCUUGCGAUAAACCGUUUUGCCCACAAAUGCCCAGCAUGAUCGCCCGUAUUUCCACAGUGUUAGCGCUCGGCGCUGUUGCCACAGCCUACGAGCUGCCCGCCAACCUCAAGGCCAUAUACGACCAGCACAAGUCGGGCGGAUGCUCCAACAGCUUGUCUGGCACGUUCAGCGGCGGCGCCGUCUACUGCGGCGACCUGGCCAACGCCGUGUUCCUCAAGGGCAACAACGAGUACGACAACCUCGACAUCGACUGCGACGGCGCCAACAACUCCGCCGGUGACUGCGCCAACGACCCUUCCGGGCAAGGUCAGACGUCGUUCGUCGACACCGUCAAGAACUACGGCAUUUCGGACUUGGAUGCUAAUCUCCAUCCGUACGUCGUCUUCGGAAACGAGGGCGCCAGCCCGUCCUUCAACCCCCAGGACCAUGGCAUCAAGCCUCUAAGUGUGAUGGCUGUCGUUUGCAAUAACCAAGUUUUCUACGGUGUCUGGGGAGACACCAACGGAUUCACCUCCACUGGCGAAGCGUCUCUUGCGCUGGGCAAGCUGUGCUUCCCCGACGGUGGGCUCACGGGCGACAACGGGCACGACGAGAAGGACGUUUUGUACAUCGGCUUUAGCGGUGAUCGCGCGGCGCCCGGCAAGGAUGGCGCGGCAUGGGCCGCCGGGAGCACGAACGAGUUUGAAGCUAGCAUCAAGGGCUUGGGCGACGAGCUUGUGGCGAGCCUCGUCGCUUAA